CCCCCAUUUUGCUUUGAAGAAUAUAUUACAAUAAGCAGCCUUGGGCCUUACCCACAGGUGGACUUACAAACAUGGUGGCCUUGGGUUGCAUUCUCUUUUUCCUUGUAUCUUUCUGUUCUUUUUCUCCAUCAUAUUUUGCAUUAUCUGAUAUUGAAGCUGCUUCUAUUGCCCGUCGCCAACUUUUAGGUAACAAUGGCGAGCUUCCAAAUACAUACGAGUCUGAAAUGAUCAUUAACAUGAAAUUCGAAAAUGCCAGGUUGAAGAAAGCUUAUGUUGCUCUUCAGGCAUGGAAGAAAGCUAUUUACUCUGAUCCAACAAACUUCACAGCUAAUUGGGAGGGUAAUAAUGUAUGUGCCUAUAAUGGUGUCUUUUGUGACAAUGCUCUUGAUGAUCCCAACAUCUCUGUUGUUGCUGGGAUUGAUCUUAACCAUGCAGACAUAGCUGGACAUCUCCCUGUGGAGCUUGGCCUCUUGGCUGAUGUGAGUCUCAUCCACAUUAAUUCGAACCGAUUUUGUGGAAUCAUUCCCAAGAGCAUUAAAAAUCUUACGCUUUUGGAUGAGAUUGAUUUCAGCAACAAUCGUUUCGUGGGGCCAUUCCCUGAUGUUGUUCUUGAGUUGCCUAAACUCAACUAUCUUGAUCUUAGGUUCAACAACUUUGAAGGUCAAGUGCCUUCCGCGCUAUUUGAGAAGAAUCUUGAUGCAAUAUUGAUCAACAAUAACCGAUUCCAUUCCACCAUCCCUGAAAGCUUGGGCAAUUCCAAUGCUUCCGUGGUGGUAUUGGCAAAUAACAAGUUCUAUGGUUGCAUCCCGAGCAGUAUUGGUAAAAUGGGCAACUCAUUAGAUGAGCUUGUAUUCACCAACAAUGAGCUCUCUGGUUGUUUGCCUGAAGAGAUUACUAAGCUCACGAGCCUAACACUGUUCGAUAUUAGUGGAAAUAAGUUUGUUGGAUCGUUACCUCAGGAUUUGAAAUCGAUGCAGAAAGUGGAAAUCUUUGACAUUGCAUCGAACAAGUUCAUGGGAAAUGUUCCAAAGAACCUUUGCACGUUGCCUAGUUUGACGAAUUUCACAUUCUCUAAGAACUACUUUGAGAGCAUGGAUGAAACAUGUACGCCAUCACAGUCGAAACAAGUUAAGAUAGAUGGUAAUGAGAAUUGUUUGGGGGGAAGAUCAGAGCAGAGGACGGAGAAAGAGUGUUUCCCAGUAGUGAGCAAGCCUGUUGAUUGCAGUAAAGGUCAUUGCGGAGUUUCAAGGGAAGGGCAGAGUCCAAAAGAUCCACCUAAAACCCUGACUCCUUCAAAACCAGCAACACCAACCACUCCAAAACCAAAGCCAUCUCCACUACCACCAGUAGCCUCACCUCCUCCACCACCAAAAACCUUACCUCCACCACCACCAGUGGCCUCACCUCCACCUCCCAUCCACUCACCACCACCUCCAGUCCAUUCGCCACCGCCACCGGUAGCAUCACCUCCACCUCCAGUCCACUCACCACCACCACCGGUAGCCUCACCUCCACCUCCAGUUCAAUCACCUCCCCCACCAGUCCACUCACCUCCACCUCCUGUCCACUCACCACCACCACCGGUUGCCUCACCUCCACCUCCCGUUCACUCACCACCACCAUCGGUAGCAUCACCUCCACCUCCAGUCCACUCACCACCGCCACCGGUAGCCUCACCACCGCCACCUGUAGCUUCACCUUCACCGCCAGUCCACUCACCACCACCACCAGCAGCUCCGGUAAUGUCUCCACCUCCACCCACUUUUGAGGAUGUCGCUCUUCCCCCAACAUUGGGCUCACUAUACGCCUCACCACCACCACCAAUUUUCCAAGGUUAUUAAGAGGUUCGCCAUUAUGAUUU